CAACUGAAAGGCUUGUAAAUAACCAGCGGUUAGACAAUCAUGAAGUUCGUCGAGAUUUUCAUCGCAGCGGCUACGCUCGCCAGCGCCGUCGCUGCGCCUAGCAGGAAGCGAGCGAGCAAGUUCCAGUUCGUCGGUGUCAACGAGUCUGGUGCCGAGUUCGGCAAUACCGCUUUGCCUGGGAGAUUGAACAAAGACUACACAUGGCCUGACCAGAAUGCUAUCACUACAAUGAUUGGCAAAGGCAUGAACUCGUUCAGAAUCCCUAUUAUGAUGGAACGCUUCAUCCCAAAUCAAAUGACCGGGACCGUAAACGCCACCUAUGCUCAGGGGCUCGACAACAUCGUGAAAUUCAUCACGGACAAAGGUGCAUACGCCAUCAUCGACCCGCACAACUUCGGGCGAUACUACAGCAACAUCAUCACAGACGUGAGCGGAUUCGGAUCAUGGUGGUCGACGAUGGCGAAGCGCUACGCAUCCAACGCCAAGGUCAUAUUCGACACGAACAACGAGUUCCACGACGAAGACAACACACUCGUCGCGAACCUGAACCAAAAGGCUAUCGACGCCAUUCGAGCGGCCGGUGCCACUUCGCAGUAUAUCUUCGUCGAAGGAAACUCGUGGACCGGCGCGUGGCACUGGACAUCAAGCGGGACCGCAGACGGCAUGGGCAAGCUCACCGACCCGUCCAACAAGAUCAUCUACGAGAUGCACCAGUAUCUCGACUCCGACGGCUCCGGCACCUCCGCAACAUGCGUGUCCUCGACCAUCGGCAAGGAGCGUCUGCAGGCCGCGACGGCAUGGCUUAAGGCCAACGGCAAGAAGGCCAUCCUGGGCGAGACGGCCGGCGGUUCCAACGCGCAGUGCAUCGCCGCGCUGCAGGGCAUGCUGGGAUACAUGGCGGACAACUCGGAUGUCUGGACCGGGUGGCUGUGGUGGGGGGCCGGACCUUGGUGGGGAACUUACAUCUAUGGAAUGGAACCGCCCUCGGGAACAGCGUAUACAGGCGUGCUACCUUCCUUGACGCAAUAUAUCUAAGGUUGGACCAGCCUCCCAUGCACACACACACACAUA